GAGAAAGGUUCAAAUGCUAAAACCUUAAAUACUCCGUAUGUGACUAAUUGAUAUUCAUGUCCACAUUCACAUAGAAAUCACUCAAUUCAUUAAUCAAGCAUACCAUUAUGCAUCUCUUCCCAUACAAUGAACUGAUCAUUCAUGUUCACUUCACUUCAACAGCCCAAAGCACUGCAGAAUUCACAUUUCAUCAUAAAUAUAAGUGCCUAAAGUUAAACAACAAUGAAAUUAAAGAUCAAAGAUCCAAUCUUUAAGCAAAACCCAUUAAUAAUCAUUCACUAAUCUUGAUUAUCAGUGGAGAAGAUGAAGGCCGGAGCAAAUCCCAUACUUCUCCACCCGUCAAUUCAAAAAUCCGCGGCGGCGUUUCCCCGUACCCUGGCACUGAUUUUCACCUCGUUCUUCGCCUUCGCAAUCGCCCUUUCUUUGAUUUCCGGCGGCGGACACGCCGGGCCCGGCGGGGAUGCGGCGGGGAAGUCGCCGGCGCCGGACCCGGUGAUGGAAGCGCUGGUGCACUACGCCACGGCGAACGUCACGCUGCCGGCGUACGCGCGGAUGUCGGCGGCGGAGGUGAGCGCCGUGGCGGCCGCGCUCGGGCAGUGCGGGAACGCGUGCAAUUUCCUGGUGUUCGGGCUGAACCACGAGACGCUGCUGUGGAAGACGCUGAACGGCGGCGGGCGGACGGUGUUCGUGGACGAGAGCGCGUACUGGGCGGCGAAGUACGAGGAGAAGCACAAGGGGGUUGAGGCGUACGAUGUUCACUACUCAACCAAAGCCAGCGAAUUGUACCAUUUAUUGGAGCACGCUAAGGAGGAGGGCAGGAAAGAAUGCCGGCCGGUGCAGAACCUUCUCUACUCCGACUGCAAAUUGGCCCUCAACGACCUCCCCAACCACAUCUACGACGUCCCCUGGGAUGUCAUCCUGGUCGACGGACCGCGCGGCUGGCCGGCGACGGCCCCCGGGAGGGCGUCGGUGAUUUUCACCGCCGGCGUUCUCUCCCGGAGCAAGACGGGCGGCGCGCCGGCGACUCACGUGUUCGUGCACGAGAUUUACCGGGAGGUCGAGAGAGUCAGCAGCGACAGGUUCCUCUGCCGUGGCAAUCUGGUAAAUGCCGUGCGGAGUUUGGGGCAUUUCUGGGUGCCGAAACAAGAGCGCGGGAACUAUCGGUUCUGCUCUCCCGCCAAACCGCCAUUGUCGUCUUCUUCGUCUCCUUCUUCGUCAAAAACAGGGGCAGAGCAGCGAUGAUGAUGACGCACAACUGCGUGACGUCAUAAAUCCCACUUUUUUUAUUUUAUUAAAAUGUUUUUUUAAUGUAACAAUCUUUUUUUUGAAAUUUUUGUAGCAUCCAUAUAUUCAUUAAUCAUUAUGAUAUAAAGUUUCAGAUUUUGUCAUACUAUUUGGAAAUUAGAACAUACUCCCUUCGUCCCACUCUUUUUGUCCACUUCCAUUUUUGCACACCAUCCAAUGCACUUCUUUAAUCCAUUUUGAUAGAAUUUAGGAAGGGUAUGGACAACUGGAUUGGGUAAUAAGACACUUGAGCUGAACCACAUUAAAAGAUUGAAUCCAAU